AGACGAGUGCCUGCGAAAUAAUAAAACCUGGGAUGACCUGACUCUUGAGGGAAAAGUCGGGAGACGCUACCUGUUCGCGUCGUAGCCGUGUUCGGAUUUGUCGCUAUUUGGCGUGACUACUUUCAAAAAAUCUCAGCCCACUUCCAACUUAUACUCCCGUUCGCUCUUCAGGAAUCCCGGUUUUGCUCUUCCAGCAACAAUGGCCUCCUCUUCUCUCGCUCGCGUACUUUCACGGCAGAUGCACAUGUCUGCUCGGAGACAUGCACUGUCCAAGUUCUCCAUGCCUGCGAUGAGUCCCACCAUGACCGAGGGUGGUAUUGCCUCCUGGAAAAAGGCGGAGGGUGAAUCAUUCACUGCCGGUGACGUGCUGCUCGAGAUUGAGACAGACAAGGCCACCAUUGAUGUGGAGGCCCAGGACGACGGUAUUCUUGCCAAGAUCAUUGCACCAGAUGGCUCGAAGAACGUCGCUGUCGGCUCACCAAUUGCUAUCAUGGCUGAAGAAGGCGACGACCUGUCAGGUGCAGCUCAAAUGGCUUCCGAGCCUUCAUCCGCACCGCCUCCCCCACCGAAGGAGGAAAGCACACCUCAGCCUCCCAAAGCUGAGGAGGCACCCAAACCUGCACCCUCUCAGGCUAAGUCUGAGCUUGCUAAGGGUGAACGGAUAUUCGCGUCCCCCAUCGCAAAGAAGAUCGCUUUGGAACGCGGCAUCCCCUUGGCCCAAGUGAAGGGUACCGGUCCCGAGGGACGCAUCAUUCGAGAGGACAUUGAAAAGUACCAACCACCCGCGGCAAUAGCUUCAGCAGUCACUGCCGCCUCUUCUGUAGGACCUGCUACCUCCCUUCCGGAAUACACAGACACCCCAGUUUCAAAUAUGCGUCGCGUCAUUGGCUCACGUCUCACGCAAUCCAAGCAAGAGCUGCCCCAUUACUACCUUACCGUCGAGAUUAACAUGGACAAGGUGAUGAAGCUGCGGGAGGUCUUCAACAAGACCCUUGGCGAGAAAGACAAAGCUGCUAAGCUGAGCGUCAAUGACUUCAUUCUCAAGGCUGUUGCAUGCGCCUUGAAUGACGUGCCUGAGGCCAACUCGGCAUGGCUCGGAGAGGUCAUCCGACAAUACAAGAAGGCUGACAUCUCGGUUGCCGUCGCCACCCCCACUGGUUUGAUUACACCUAUUGUGAAGGAUGUCGGUUCGAAAGGAUUGGCAACUAUCUCUAGUGAAGCCAAAGCCCUCGCCAAAAAGGCUCGGGAUGGCAAGCUGGCUCCUCAAGAAUAUCAGGGUGGCACUUUCACGGUGUCUAACCUUGGCAUGUAUGAUAUCGAGCACUUCACUGCCAUCAUCAACCCUCCCCAAUCAUGCAUCCUUGCUGUUGGCAGCACAAAGCCCACAAUUGUCCCAGCACCUGAAGAGGAGCGUGGUUUCAAGACGGUCAACAUGAUGAAAGCGACGCUAAGCUCAGACCACCGGACGGUGGAUGGCGCUGUGGGUGCUCGGUGGAUGACUGCGUUCAAAGGUUACCUUGAGAAUCCUCUCACAUUCAUGCUCUAAAAGUACAAUGAUUUCGCGUGUCUUUGAAGCCUACCGUCGUUUCUAGACUAGAUUAUAUUUUUCACAUGCAUACUCGUUAUUUUUUUCUGCUUUGCGUGAUGAACUGAG